UUCACAGGUAAAAUGACAUUGUCAGCGCCCCCGAUCGACGAGUUUGAGGACCCGUUCGUCGUGAUGAACACGACGAAUGUGUCGAGUCACCCGGCCGCCUAUGACGAGCCAUACACGCUCGAUCUGGUGGUGCCACUCACCGUCACCUACGUGGUGAUAUUCGUAGCCGGCAUCCUGGGGAACACCAGCACCUGUGUGGUCAUUGCGAGGAAUCGCUCUAUGCACACCGCCACAAACUUUUACCUCUUCAGUUUAGCAAUUUCGGAUCUCAUAUUGUUAGUAUGUGGUCUGCCGUUUGAGGUGCACAGAUUAUGGAACCCGGACACGUAUCCGUUGGGCGAGGCUCACUGCAUCGCCAUUGGGUUAGCGUCGGAGACUUCAGCUAACGCGACAGUGUUGACAAUAACAGCGUUUACGGUGGAGCGGUACAUUGCGAUAUGCAGACCUUUCAUGUCGCACACCAUGUCGAAGCUGUCACGGGCUGUGCGGUUUAUAAUAGCUAUUUGGGUGUUUGCGUUGUGUACUGCGGUACCACAAGCGAUGCAGUUCGGUAUAGUGUCGUAUGUGGAUAAUGGUCAGAAUGUGAGCGCGUGCACAGUGAAGGGUGUGGGUGUUCAUCAAGUGUUCGUUAUAUCUAGUUUCGUGUUCUUCGUGGUGCCUAUGUCGAUGAUAUCAGUGUUGUACGCGUUGAUUGGUAUUAAGUUGCGGACCUCUCGAGUGUUGCAUCCAGUGAAGAAGCUCUCGGUGGACAGCAACGAAAGAGCGAGUGGACAGAUGCAGUACAGGAAUGGAGCAUCACAGAGGAGAGUCAUUAGAAUGCUCGUUGCGGUGGCGCUGUCAUUCUUCAUUUGCUGGGCGCCCUUCCACGUGCAAAGGUUGCUGGCCAUCUACGGGAAAAGUUUAGAACACCCUUCUGAUACUUUCUACUUGGUCUACAUCGUGCUGACGUUUUUGUCGGGAGUGCUAUAUUUCCUGUCAACCGCCAUCAACCCGUUCCUGUACAACAUCAUGUCGAAUAAGUUUAGAAACGCCUUCAAGGUUACAUUGGCGACGUGGUGCGGUCGUGGCGGGCCUCGCAUGGGGAGGACGUACAGCGCACUGCUAGCGUCACAGCGACUGCGCGCUGGCGGGGCCGGCGCGUGCGCCAGUGUCCGGGGCACCCGCCGCCUGCGCAGGCUCUCCACUGCCACCACACAACUAUAUGAUGCGCCACCCCGAGCGCAGUGUUACAACGGGCGCGACCUACCAACCGUUAACGAGUCCCCAAGCGGGAAUGGACACUGGGCUCGAGCGUGGCGAUUACGUAUCCACGACCCCUCCGACUCCGUCGACUCCCCUCGAAGUAUCUCCAACUCCAGUCUUCGUGAGGUCGACGACGAGCUCACUGGAGAAGAGCUGGCCACCUACAUGUACCACGUGAACUGUAAUAUCGGUGGACUCACCUGAGACACGUCUGUGUAAACCACAGUGACCACGACACGCUCCCGAGCACGACUACAAGUGACUCUAGGACAGUCUAAAGUGUUAACUAUUUUAUAAACGUUUCGAUGUGAUUUCAAAAUUUUACAUAAAAUAUUGUUGUCCAUUGUUAGAUACGGCUUUGUUAAUGUUUAAAUUUUAACGUGCACUUAAACAUCCAUUUUGGUGUUGAGUGCUAAUCUAUGUUCACUCGAACAUAAUGUGAAAAUAACAAAUACAUAUUGUCCUUGAGAAUCUAUAUGUAUAGUGGACGAAGUCGCCGUAAUAACUUUCUAUCAAGGGAUUGAGGGCGUGUUCCUACCUUUCCAUAUAAUUCCGGAGACUUGCCCACUGUGUCAUAAAGCUGUAAUCUUUGGCACGCACUACCCAUUAUUCAUUCUUGAUCUAUUAAUUACGCAAGGGUGACACUUCACCUUACAUUCUAGUUAGCUCCAUAAAUCUUCAAUCUAUUCCCAAAAGGAUGGACAUUGAUUUCAUAUGAAGACAUCUGAGGAGUAUUAAUGUUUAUAAUAUCGAUCAAAAUUGUCAGUGAUUUAUAUUUAUUAUCGAACAAAUUGAUAAUAGUAUAAACCGAUAUAUAGUUAGGUGUAAAGCUAAGUAAAUAAUACUCUACUGAUAAUAUUAAGUAUGGUGGUUGUAAAAGUAUGUGCUAAGCACAAUAUAUUAGCAUAGAUCGUUGAGUGUGGAGCGUGGGUAGAUCGAACUGAGAGCUGUGUUUAGUACGGAAAGUACUCCGAUAAAUUAUAUAUGUGUUAAGCUGCGAAAAGUGAGAAUUCGUGAUGUUAAAUGUACCGUUGUUUCCCGCCCGAAUCUGUUGGGGUCGAGCCAUACAUCACUGAAUCGUAUCAAGGACGUUGGAGGAACUUUAUUCGAGUCUGUGACAGUAUCACCACGAUGUACGUCUGUGAUUCAGUUCGGCGUGUGUCACCCCCUCGUGUAAUUCACGACACGGUAGUGUCUAUAUUUGAUGAGACUGUAAACGGCGGUUAUAUACUAAUCCGUGAAACCUAAGCUAGGAGUGUAUGUACUUACUUAAGAGAUUAAAAUAAUUAUACAUGGUCAAUCAAGUGUAAGCGUAUACUUUAAACAAUAAUUUGCUAUGUAUACAAAUCAGACUGUAAGUAAAGUAUACUGAGAAUAAAUGGAACAUAAGACCCUAAGUGACUUGGAUUAUAAUAUAAAUUGUAGAAAGAUGUCCAAAGAGUGAUGUUAUUAAUUUUGACAAUACUCUUGAAGUUUUAACCGAAUCAUUUUGCGUGAUUAUGUUUUAACAAUGUAAUGUGUCAUUAUUUGAAUGUUUGG